CGAGCGUCGUCAGAUUGAAGGACCCCUGUAUGCAGCUGGCUAGCCGUUAGCUUACUGGUCUUGUAAACACUAUUCUUCUACAAAGGUUUAGUGCAAAUAAAAAUGUAACGCAACUUUUUGAAAGCAUCAGUGGACGCGAGAAUUUAUGGCCUUGUUUUCUAUCAGAAGAGCAGGGGUUUCUGUGAGAGCGCUGGAAAAACAAACACUUUCCUAACGUCCAAGCUGCGCAGUUUCGUUUCUGCGGAAACAUCGACGGCCCGACCCAGGAGUUUAUUCACUGAAACCGGAAUAUUCCGCUCAAAUAAGUUUUUAAAACUGACAUGGGCCUGACUACAAUAUAUCUGUGUCGCAACAAAUAGUCACGAUGAAAAGAAGAAACGAUGCAACGCUUACUCUGCUGCAUGGGAAAAAGAGAUGUCUCGAUGACAGCAGUUCAGAUGAAGAGUCACAACCCACUCAAGACGGCAGCCAAAAUGAGUCCCUCAGUGACCCGGAGGAUUACAGGCCAGGGUUAUCCUCCCACCCUGUCUCACCCUCAGACGACCCAGAUCAGAGCGCCUCAAAGUUUUCUAUGUACAACAGCGUGUCACAGAAGCUCAUGGCCAAGAUGGGCUUCAGAGAGGGUGAAGGUCUGGGAAAGUUCGGCCAAGGACGUAAGGAGAUCGUGGAGGCUUCCACCCAGCGUGGCAGAAGAGGUCUUGGUCUCACACUUCAGGGUUUCCAGGGAGAGCUUAACAUUGACUGGAGGGACGAACCAGAGCCCAGCGCCAUAGAAACUGUGCAGUGGUUCCCAGAAUGCUCCACAGAGAUGCCAGACGCAGAUGAGCUCAGAGACUGGAUGACUCUGGGGCCGAGAAAACUGAAGAUAGAAGAUGAAACUGAGUUUUGUGCUGAAGAUCUCCUGCACACUCUUCUGAGAUGCAAGACCGUGUUUGAUGACUUGGAGGGGGAGGAGAUGAGACGAGCACGGACACGCUCCAACCCUUAUGAGACCAUCAGGGGAGGCAUCUUCCUCAACAGAGCAGCCAUGAAGAUGGCCAACAUCGACCACUGCUUUGACAACAUGUUCACCAACCCAAAGGACGGUCAGGGGAGACCCUUGACGAAGGACCGUGAAGGCGAGCUGUUGUACUUCGGUGACGUCUGCGCGGGGCCUGGAGGCUUUUCCGAGUACAUCCUGUGGAAGAGACGCUGGCACGCCAAGGGUUUUGGAAUGACGUUGAAAGGACCUUGCGACUUCAAGCUGGAGGAUUUCUAUGCGGCUCCUAGCGAGUUGUUUGAGCCUUACUAUGGUGAGGGAGGAGUAGACGGGGACGGUGACAUUACUCGGCCCGAAAACAUCACUGCGUUCCGCAACUUUGUCAUGGAAAGUACAGAGAGGAGGGGGCUGCACUUCAUCAUGGCCGAUGGGGGUUUCUCUGUUGAAGGUCAAGAAAACCUCCAGGAGAUCCUGAGCAAACAGCUGCUGCUCUGCCAGUUCCUCACUGCUCUUUCCACUCUAAGGACAGGUGGUCAUUUUGUCUGUAAGACAUUUGACCUCUUCACACCCUUCAGUGUGGGUUUGGUCUACCUCCUCUACCUCUGCUUUGACAGGAUCUCCCUGUUCAAACCCGUCACCAGCAGACCAGCAAACUCUGAGCGGUACAUCGUGUGUCGCAGUCUGAAACCCGGUUCAGGCGCCGUCAAAGAUUACAUGUUCAAAGUUAACAUUAAACUCAACCAACUGCGCAACACCGACUCAGACGUGACCGACGUGGUGCCUCUACAUAUCGUAAAGGACGACCCAGACUUUUACCAGUUCAUGGUCAACUCAAAUGAGAGCUUCUGUGCAGUCCAGAUUAAGGCCUUGGCAAAGAUCCACGCGUUUGUCGUAGAACCGACGCUCUCAGAGCCAAAGCAGGCUGACAUACGGAAGGAGUGCUUGAAGCUUUGGGGAGUUCCAGACAAGGCCAGAGUGGCUCCUUCUUCAUCAGACCCAAAGUCAAAGUUUUAUGAGCUCACUGAGAAUGCAGAUGUGAAUCUGUUCCAGUCUAAGCUCACCCCGCUCAACUCCAGCACACUGGAGAAGCUGCGUCCCAUCCUGGACCACAGGUGCAUUGUUGGAGGAGGAGAGCAGAUCUUUCUUCUUGCAAUGGGGAAGUCUCAGAUUUACACGUGGAACGGCAAGAUGCCUCUACGAUGGAAGAAGAUGGAGAAUUUUAAGCUGGAGCUGCCAAGAGAUACACUUCUGAGUGUGGAGAUUGUCCAGGAGCUGAAGGGGGAGGGCAAGGCUCAGCGCAGAAUCAAUGCUGUUCAUCUUAUGGAUGCACUGAUACUGAAUGGCACCGACGUCAGAGAUCGGCACUUCAAUCAGCGGAUCCAAAUGGCUGAGAAGUUUGUGAAGGCUGUGGCCAAACCCAGCAGACCAGACAUGAACCCCAUCAGAGUGAAGGAAGUUUACCGGCUAGAGGAAAUGGAAAAAAUCUUUGUCAGGUUAGAAAUGAAGGUAACGAAGAGUUCCGGAGGCGUCCCCCGACUGUCGUACACCGGCAGAGAUGAUCGUCACUUCCUUCCCACAGGCCUCUACAUCGUUAAGACCGUCAACGAACCGUGGACGAUGGCGUACAGUAAAAACUCCAAGAAGAAGUUCUUUUAUAACAAAACUACAAAAGAAUCAACCUACGAUAUGCCGCCAAACUCUGCAGCUCCUUUCCACAUUUGCCAUUCUGAGUGUCUCUUCUGGGCCUGGGUGGACGGCGUUAUAGUUCACGACUCCCAAACCCGGAUCGACCCAGAGAAACUGUCCAAAGAUGAACUGCUGUCCUUCAUCCACCAACAUUACCACCCCUGAAGAAGAAGAAGGGCUUCUGGAGAUGAUUCACAGAAAGGACUGGUUAUGGAGCACAUAAGCCGUUGGAAAGCGAAUCUGUUUCGUUUAUUUUAAUUUGACACCAAAAGCAGGAAAAUUGGAAGAAAAAGUCAAUUAUCUGCAUUUAUUUAGCAGCUGUGACGCUCAUUGAGCUUCUUCAGUAGACGUGAAGACUGCAGGAGUUUGAAUCUGAAGUGGGGACUGGUUUGUUGCCCGCUGUAGCAGAGAUAUCUUUAAAAACCAGUCUGCCUUUUCACUUUUUCAACAAAUCUUUGUGUGUAUUGAACAAAAAGAUCAAGAAAAAGCUGCUGUUGUUUCUGCUUUGCUGUGCAUGUUCAUGUAGACUCCUUUUUAUUCUCUGGUUUUUCCGCCGUUUUCUUCUUGGUUGUGUGUUGAUCAUACUAUUAACGGCAGGUAGGGUAAUAAAUACAAUAUGCAACAGUUUUUUGUUGUUUUUAGUGCCCUGUAGCUUGUUUUAUACCUGCUGUUAGAGAAGUUUGUCUGUUUGAAGUGGACACAGAUCCUUUUUCUUCACCUAAAACUAACAGACUUGUGAAAAAAUGUUCCUGAACUCCGCAAACAUCAUGCUAAGCAUCUUACUCAGCGUUUCAGUGCAGAUGUGUCCUAUCUAGACUCCAUCUACUUUGAAAAGUGUGACUGACUUUUUUAAUUUGGGAGUGGUCUUUAAAUGUUUUCAUGUUCACAUGCUAGGUUUUAGCUUUAGUUGACCCCUCAGACUCUGAUGUAAAUAAAAAUAAAACACCCAAAUAAAUGAA